AUGCACCAGUCGGAGAGCGCGGCGGACAGGAAGAUGGCGCACCCGCUCUACCCCCGGCGGAGCGGCACUAACCACCCGCCGCCGCCGCCUCCUCCACCGGCCGCCGCCGCGCCGGGCCCGGGCCCAGGCCCAGGCUCCGGCGGGGCCUCGCUGGGCAGCCUGAUGGGUCAGCCGGCUCCGACGCGCCCGCACACGGACGACGCUCUGCGCUCGCCGGCCCUGGCGGCGUGCUCCGGGACCGGUGCCGGCUCGGUGCCGGCCCCGCCGCAGACUCUCAGCCUCCACGGAGCCGGGACCGUACCUCUUUCUCCUGCCGCCGCCGCUGCUAUCGCCCCCGCCGGCCCCGGCUCGAUGGCCGGGGCCCAGAUGAAGAAGAAGAGCGGCUUCCAGAUCACCAGCGUGACCCCGGCGCAGAACAACGCCGGCUCCAACAACAGCAUCGCCGAGGACACCGAGAGCUACGACGACAUGGACGAGUCUCACACCGAGGACCUCUCGUCUUCCGAGAUCCUCGACGUCUCCCGGGCCACCGACUACGAGCCGGAGCGCAGCUCGUCCGAGGAGACCCUCAACAACGUGGGCGACGCCGAGACCCCCAGCGCCGUGUCUCCCAACCAGCCUCGCCUGCCUCCCCACCAGCCGGCUCUCUUCAACGGCCCUGGGAUGGCCAGCGCUGCCCCUUCAGGAGCGGGGAUGGGCCCUCCUGGCAACGUGACCGCAAGCGUGGAGAAAAAUGGCACAGGAGCGCCCAUGCCCGGAUUAGUGAGUGGUUCGGUUGGGGCACCGGUGCCUCUGGCUUCCAACAUUGGCACGGUGGCGAAUGCUAGAACUGUAAGUGGCAUGGGGAGCAACGCGAGCGUUGGUGGGACUAGUGUUGGUGCCAGUGCUAGUGUUGUGGGUGGUACCACCGGCAUUAUCGGGGCUGCGUCCAGUACUGUGGCUUCCACCACUGCGGCGGUAACACAGCCAGCAGCUGGCAGCUCCAGGUUCAGAGUGGUGAAACUGGAUUCUAGCACUGAACCUUACAAGAAGGGUCGUUGGGUUUGCACUGAGUUCUAUGACAAAGAAAACGUCACUGUUCUCACCGAAGGCGCCUCCGUGAACAGGAUGCUGGAUAGUGUAAAGCAAGCUUCUGUCACUGAUGCAAAUCUGGACGGGCAGAGUACCGGUGGCGGGAAUUCGGUAAGCAGCACCUUGAGUGCAGUGGGUUAUUACAUUGAAGCCGCUGGUAAUGGGGAGCCGGGGUUGAUGCCUGCCCCUCAGCAGCAAGCCUUUCAAGCACUGUGUAGUCAGCAGUUGGAUUUUAGCAGUGGUGGCCCUCUGGCACAGAGUGUUUCCCAGCCACAACUCUCACAGGCCCAGCUGCAUUCCCAAGAUGUUAUACAUUCGCAGCAGAAGCCAAGUGCUCCCCUCUCUGGUCGAGCAGGAAUCAGUGGUGUUCAGCAGACCCCAAUUCAACAGCAAUUACCGUAUUCUCAGCAACAGCAGCCUUCGCAGACCCUGUCAGCUGGGUCCCAGCCACAGCAACUAUCGUAUCCUCAGCAACAGCCAGCUUCACAGAUGACAACACAACAUAUUAUGUCAUCAAAUACAAGUGCUGGCAUCACAGAAUAUGUGCAGCACCCUCAAAUGCAGCCCUCUGCGCAGCCCAUGCAGCAGAGCAGUAGUGGGCUUGGAGUAGCAGCUGCACCAUCCGGCCAACCACAACAUGUUCAAGGCCAAGCACAGCCUGUUUUAGCACAAGCACAAUCUGGACAGACACCAGGUCAGCCUGGAGGACAUGUUUCAGCAAAGAUGCCACCUACUGGUGCUGCCAAUGGGCAGCUGGUAACCGGUCAGCAAGGGAAUACAAUCUCUUUGCUACAACAGUCUUGUCCACCAUCAAUUAACAAGUCAACGCCGAUCGGUUUGCAACCAAGUGCUCCUCCAGCUGCUCCAGCACAGCAGCUAGGGCAGCCUCUGCAGGGUGGGAUGGUACAGCAGCAGGCAAGCAUAUCAGGGCUUGUGCAGCAGGUAACUGUGGCACCACCAAAACAGCAAUUGCCAUCGCAACCACAAGGUCAAGGGGUCGAGUGUAUUAUUCAAAGUGUGAACAAUCAGACGAUAACUGGAAUAAGUUCUACACCAUCUACUGUUAAUACCAACCUUCCCAAUGUUGGAUCCAAUGUGUCUACUAGUAUACCAACUGCACCUGCAAACGCUGUUCCGCAGCAAACCACUACGCAGACCUCCGUGCAGAACAGUUUGAUCCAGAAAGCCAGCCAGCCUUCUGUACCAGCAAAUGCAAGCCUCCCUGUGGUACAGGCAGGACCACAGAAAAUGGUGCCUGGCUCUGCCCACUACUCUACUCCCAUCCAGUCACUGUUGAAUGCAGUGGAAGAUUCACGGCGACCUGCAGACCAGCCAGCUCUGCAUGUAGAACAGGUAGCUAUUGGAGAAAGCGUACUGAGUGCAGCCUCUGCUCUGGUUCAGGAAAUUGCCAGCAGCGCCAACCUACCUGCUUCUGCAUCGCUGCUUCCUUUAAAGACCUUACCAUUGUCCAUGCAACCUGUGGAUGGUGAAGAUGACAGACAACAUGGAAGACUUACCAGAGAUGUUAAGGAAGCCAAGUCUUUUAGCAAGGAGACAUUGAAGAAAAUUAAUAAACAAGGAAUGCUUGAAAGAAGAAAUGGGUGUGAAGGCUAUAAAUCCAUAGGGCCUGAUAACGUACGUCUCAGAGUACUAAAGGAGGCAGCUAAGAAAUAG